AUUUCUACACCAUAAGAAUUCCAUUCCUUACAAUCCUCUUCCACAACCUCAUCGGCAUCAUCAUCUCCUUCAGAAACAAACUCCAGUAACAUGAAGACUCCAGCGGUCUUCAAACUCCUCUCGUUCUCUCAAAUUCUUCUCAUCACCGUCCUCCCGUUCGCAUCCGCCUCCACCGACCUCGUGAACUACACAUGCAGGAAGACGCCAUACACCGUCUUCUGCGCCGCAGCUCUCGGUUUGGACCCCCGGAGCUCCACCGCAGACACCAAAACCCUAGGCCUAAUCAUGGUCGACAAGGUCGAGGCGCAUGCCAAGUCGACUUUGACCAAAAUCAAGUACUUGCGCGGCAAAGCCGCCCACCCGAGGACGAAGCAGGCAUUGACCUCUUGCGAGCAGUCGUACGGAUUCAUCGUAAGCGCGAUGGUGCCCCCUAGCAAGGAAAGUUUGACGAAAGGUGACUACAAGUUCGCCGUGGAGUACAUGAAUGCCGCGGUAAACGACGUGCAGGAGUGUGAAGCGGGCUUCGGAGGCUCAAAGUCGCCAAUAUCGGACUCGAACGAUUAUGAGCACAAAGCUGCCGCGGUGGCUUCCGCCAUUGCCGGUUUAUUGCUGUGAGUAGGGACGAUCAGAGAGAUGAAUGGUCAAAUUAGUGAGGGCUGUAAAAAAAAAAUGGAUAGCUAGGAAGCAAUAUGAAAACUGAACCGUAAUGUUUCUUAAUGAAUGUGCAGGUUUUGUUUAAUGAAAUUCUGAUAAUAGUUUCAAAUACCAAAGCGUACUCACUUUAAAGUA